UGCAGUUAAUACAGCAGGGACUGUGGCUCCCCACGGCUGAGUAACGGAUUACUCUUACGGUGGAGCUCGCGCUGCUCGGGUGGGGUAUCUGGCUCUCGGUGUAUUCACCGACCAGACAACUGCAGUGGGCUCGUUUCACGUUAUACUCGUUCCGGGGCGCCGCUGUCGGGCACUGAGCUCCGUGCGCUUUCUGUAGCUGCAACAUACACUGAGUGAUGCGCGACCAGCCAGCUCCAUCCCGCACAAACCCCCACAGGAGGUGACUUGAUCGGCAUAUGACAUUCUCCAGGUCAUCGCCUGGAGCAAACAGAGCUGCUCUGCCUACCUACGGAUAUCAGAUCAAACCAAUAACAAUGCAUGGCUUGUAAGCCGCCAGUCAUGGCUCAUAGGAAGAGGCCGGGGAGCAGCGGAGGAAACAGUAUGGCUGCUCCAGGCCCCGCCUCCUGUCCCGCCCCUCAUCCUACAGAGUCAUGUGAUCUGAAGGCCCUCCCCGCUCGGCCACGCCCAGUACGCUACCCCAAAGAGUCGCAUGAUGCAAAACCACACCCCCGUUCCUGCAAGGCACAAUAUUCUUCUCCCAAGUCUCAACACGUGACUCGCAGCCAUCCGGAGGUGGAAGUAGAUGCAGCAGAGGUUGAAGUGAAGCGAUACAGCAACCAAGCAGAUCCAGAAGUGGUGGACCAGCGGCCAGCAACGCCCUCCACGCCAGAACAUGAACAUGAACAUGAACAUGAACAUGAACAUGACCGAGACGACCAUGGCCGCGCAGAUUUCCACGGCGGAGCUGACAGCCUGGAUGACGACUCCAGCUCUGACUACAUUAACAACACCUCUGAUGACGAGGAAGACUAUGAUGAUGGGCUGGCGGAGGAGGAUGAAGGUGUGACUUACUACAUCCGUUACUGCCCAGAGGACGACAGCUACCUGGAAGGUAUGGACUGCAGCAGCCAGGGAGACUGCAACCAUAGCCACAACCACAACCACAGCCAGGGGGACUGUGUCACCGUCAUGCAGCCGGGCGGAGCCCACACUGAUGAAUGUCAGGAGGCCGUGGAGGGGUGGGCCGAGGAGGCGGAGGCGGAGGUGGAGGGGGAGGUAAGAGAGGAGGAAUGGGUGGAAGAUGAGGAGGGAGAGGUGGCAGUGAGGGAGGAGUGGAGAGAAGAGGAGGAAGAGGUGAGGGAAGAGUGGAGAGAGGGAGAUGAGGAGGCGAGGGAGGAGUGGAGAGAGGAGGAGCAGGUCAGGCAGGAGCAGUGGGCGGGACGAGAGAGGCAUAGCGUGGAGGAGUGGGCCGAGGGAGAAGGAGGAGAGGUCCGCUGCGAGGUGGUGGAACAAGAUCCAGACGAACAGAUUUACAAUGGAAGACCAGAACCCAUCCUGGACCACCACCAUCACCACCACCUCCACCACCAACCCGACACCCUGCACACCCGAGAGGAGGAGGAGGAGGAGGAGGCAGAGAGCGAGGAGUACUGUCCAAAUGAGGAGGAGGAUGAGGAAGGUGACGAGGAGGAGAGACAUGGGAGGGCCUACACCGGAGACUACUACGCCCCAGAGGACAAUGGGAACUCGGUGCGAGUGUCUCCGUACCGUAGCCGCAAGGUGCUGGUGGUGGAGGGGGAGACGGGGGAGGAGGCGGAGGAGGACAUUGACCAAAUUGUUGCGGAGAUCAAGAUGAGUAUGAGCAUGGGCAGUCUGAGCAGCGGCACCGAUCAGAGCCCGGAGGAGCUGGCGCAGGACCCCGCACCAAGCGACUACCCUCACCCGAAGCCUGACCCGGCCCCCUACCCGCCUGCCCACCACCGCCACGACAGCAGGCCCAAGUCCCUGAACCUGCCCUCCAUGCACCACAACAACCCCGACCUCCAGAGGGGCAUCAAGGCACAUGCACGCUCCCCCGACGACCGGCAGAGAUGGCAACAAGAGCAGGUGAGCAACGGUGCAGAGCAACCCAGAAAACAGCAGCGCUCCGACCUCAACGUUCCCCUGGAGAACAACAAUGUACCCGAGCCAACAAAGAAGGUUGCGUCGUUCCCGAGCUUUGUCGAUGUCCCAGGACCCUGCGAACCAGAAGACCUGAUUGAUGGAAUAAUCUUCGCUGCUAACUACUUGGGCUCCACUCAGCUGCUGUCUGAGAGGAACCCCUCCAAGAACAUACGCAUGAUGCAGGCCCAGGAAGCUGUCAGCAGGGUCAAGAGGGUACAGAAGGCUGCCAAAAUCAAGAAAAAGGCGAAUGCAGACGGAGAUGCUCAAACCCUCACUGAGGUUGAUCUGUUCAUCUCCACCCAGAGGAUCAAAGUCCUCAACGCAGACUCACAGGAAACGAUGAUGGACAACGCGCUCCGCACCAUAUCCUACAUCGCCGAUAUCGGGAACAUCGUGGUCCUGAUGGCGAGACGCCGGAUGCCCCGCACAGCCUCCCAGGACUGUAUCGAAACUACACCCGGGGCCCCCGAGGCAAAGAAGCAGUACAAGAUGAUAUGCCAUGUCUUUGAGUCAGAAGAUGCCCAGCUCAUCGCUCAGUCCAUCGGCCAGGCGUUCAGCGUCGCUUACCAGGAGUUCCUGAGAGCCAAUGGCAUCAACCCUGAAGACCUGAGUCAGAAGGAGUACAGCGACAUCAUCAACACCCAGGAGAUGUACAAUGACGACCUCAUUCACUUCUCCAACUCUGAAAACUGCAAAGAGCUGCAGCUGGAGAAGAGUAAAGGGGAGAUCCUGGGUGUGGUGAUUGUGGAGUCCGGCUGGGGCUCCAUCCUGCCCACGGUGAUCCUCGCCAACAUGAUGAACGGCGGGCCAGCGGCUCGAUCUGGCAAGCUCAGCAUCGGAGACCAGAUCAUGUCCAUCAACAACACCAGCCUCGUGGGGCUGCCACUCGCCACCUGUCAGGGAAUCAUUAAGGGCUUAAAGAACCAGGUUCAGGUGAAAAUGAACAUUGUCAGCUGCCCUCCGGUUACCACCGUCCUCAUUAAGAGACCAGAUCUAAAGUACCAGCUGGGCUUCAGUGUCCAGAACGGCAUCAUUUGCAGUCUGAUGCGAGGAGGCAUCGCUGAGCGAGGAGGAGUCCGUGUGGGUCACAGGAUCAUCGAGAUCAACGGGCAGAGCGUGGUGGCCACAGCGCACGAGAAGAUCGUCCAGGCCCUCUCCAACUCUGUUGGCGAGAUCCACAUGAAGACGAUGCCGGCGGCCAUGUUCAGACUGCUAACAGGACAGGAGACACCUAUGUACAUAUAAUGGAUGGCCAGGGACCGUUCCACAGGACAGGCCGUCAGCUGUGAUUGGUUGUCUGACGGGACAAACCAAGCUGACCAGCGAGCGGGGGGACGGGGGACGAUUGCUUCUCCCCGUCCGUUCCAUCUCUCCUCUUUUUUCUUUUUCUUUCUUUGAGCUGAUGACUUCAAUUCCUCAUCACCUCUCCUUCUCUGUGCUUAACAUGCAAAACGGCCAUUUUAUUGACAUGAGAUGCUUUUUUCCAUCUGACCAGCUGAAGAGACUGUGUGUGUGUAUGUGUGUGUGUGUGUGAGAGAGUGUGUGUGUUAUUUAUUUGUCCUGUCUGUGCUUCUCCGUGUCACUCCAGUGAGAUUCGUGUGGACGGACUUAUCGAGCGAAUGCGUCACAAUUUAUUUUUUUAUAUCCAUGUAAUGCAAUAUGAUACUUCUACUAUACUCCUUGUAUAGUUUCAUUUUCUUCUCUGUUUAUUUAUUUCUCAUGUAAAUACAUAUUUUGCUAAUAUGAAGGCGGUGGUGGGGGAGGGAGGGAGGGGGCCACAGCUGCACUGUAAAUAUUUAUUGAAUCUCGCCGUUGAACUGAAACGGUUCCGUGAUGACGGCGAAGACACAAUGAAAAAUGUGGGAUGUUAUAGUGGUGAAAAAGUGGGAAUGUGUUUGAAAUGUUGGGGUUAGAUAUGCUACGUUGGUUUAAUGUACAUGUGAAUCGAACCAUUGCUCGCAGCAAGGGUUUAUGGGAGAAACGCCAUAUCCUUUUUUGAUUUUCCUUCAUUUAACGGCAAUACACGAGUUCAACCUCUGAAGUCUUUUUUCUAAAUCUCAUGUACAAACACUCGCACACAUUUAAAUAACAAGCAACCGAGUAAAACUAUUAACAUGCAUCGAUUAUGCUUUUGAUAUCAAAGUCACAUGUAUGAAAAGUUUCUUUUUUGCGUGCUACUCUACUGUGUGUUCAUCUUUAGUGUUCCUGACUGAAGCUCAUGCAUACUAUGAGUGGAUUGUGAAUGUAACUGUGUUGUGCGAGCUGUCCCAUUGCCAUAAGCAGUAUUAGAAUGUCUGUACAUAAAGAGAAACGUGUCUAGUAUUGUGCUCAUGUUAAAAACAAACAAACAAACAAACAAACAAACAAAACAAAACACACAGGUUUAGUCACUGCAAACAUUUCCCCACCUGUAUGUUGGCUUUCAGUCUCGAGAGGGAAAGAGAGAACUGUGAAUCACACACUGUGACAGAAACAAGCCUUACCGCCCGGUAAAGGUUUUACAAUGCAUCGUAGUAAAUUUUAACCAUAUGAACAUUAUCUGUGUGCAUGCCUCGUAAAGUAGUUUCAUGUCAUUGUGGCAAGAUAAUAAAAUCUGAGCUAAA